CAACUAUAUGUUGUGUUACGGCGGGAACUGCACACUUAGUCUCUCUUGCCUUCCAAGAACCCUGUUCCUGAACCUUGCACCACCUGGCUUAACAAUGCUGCAGAUGGAUGGCACAGUUCGCUUUGCAGCCGCACCAAGACCCGAAACCCUCCUAUAUAAACCCAUCUCUUGUUGCUCGUAGCCUCGUCCUGAACCAUCCUCUUUGCUCCAGCGUACUCUUUUGUGUUUCAUUCCCUUCCUCACAUCGAGGAGGGCUCCGCGAGGAGCGUGUGGCCUUGUUGAUCUGCUUCUUCCAAAGUGCUCCUGAUAAACACUCCUUCCCACAGAUCUCAUAUUUGUUUGUGCUUAACUCCUAUUCAAAAGCAAGUCAGCACAUAAAAGUAUAUCAAAGCAACAAUCGGAAGGUGAACAGGAAUACAACAAUCAUGUCCCGGCGAGGAGGCCCCGAUCAGCCCUAUGGCGGCAAGCCCAUAGUCCUUCCGCCCCCUGGCUUCAUCAAGCAGAGCGGCCGUCGUGGCAGAUACGGUCCCCAGCAAAAUGUUGACGACUUCUGGAAGAGAUUCACCAGUGACAAUCCAGGAAAAGUAACAAAUAUUAUUCCCAAGAAUGAAUACGCCGAGAAGCUUGCCAAACGUACCGCCGCCAAAGACCUCGCCAACGGUGGUGGUGGUGGAAGAGCGACAAGCACCUCGUACGAGGAGGCGGCGGCUCUUUGUCGAGCUAAAGUUGACAAGAUUGUCAAAGAGUGCAAGAGGGUGAACCAGAAGUAUCGCGAUCCGCAUUUCGACUUGGAGUGGGACCUCAAGACGAGAACGAGGGACUGUCUGGAGAGUUUGAGCAACUGCAAGGAUGACUACCCAGAGUAUGACAACAGUGACGACGAUCAGCCUAGACAUCCGAGGCAGCCCCCAGAGUGGAACCCCAGAGGUCGCCAGCGCGCGAGAGCGUUGGGAAAGAAGACAAAAAGGAAUAGGGAGGGUGGUGAAGAAGAGGCCGAGAAAGAGAUUGAUUCAGUUGACGAGAGCGAUCAUGUGCGCGGAGGUCAGACUGGCUAUCAGAAAGAUAGCCGAAAGAAGUCCGCUGAGGUGAGGGCCGAAAUGUCUAAGCUCUGCCCCCGGUCUGUCAAACGAGUGGGAGAUAUCUUUGAAGACCCCCAGUUUUUCAUCAAGGGACCCACGGCAGACGAUGUUCGUCAAGGGCGAGAUGGUGACUGCUGGCUUCUCGCCGCCAUCUGUACUCUUAGUAACAAGCCGGGCUUGAUCGAGCGGGUCUGCGUCGCUCGUGAUGAAAAUGUCGGUGUAUACGGUUUUGUCUUCAACCGUGAUGGCGAGUGGUUCAGCGAAAUCAUCGACGACAAGCUGUACUUGAUCAAGCAAGACUACGAUGAGCAAGUCGUAGAUGGCUUGAUUAACGUCGAACGUCGAAUAUGGGAUGACAUUGAAAACCGCCCCGACCCCGAGGAAAUCUUCCGGCGAAACUUUCAAUCUGGAAGUGUCGCCCUGUACUUUGCGCAGUGUGAGAAUCUGAACGAGACCUGGCUCCCGUUGCUGGAGAAGGCAUAUGCCAAAGCACAUGGCGAUUAUCAAGCCAUCGAUGGCGGUUUCACGGCCGAGGGUAUCGAGGAUCUGACCGGCGGUGUGACUUCCGAGUUGAACACCACCGAUAUCCUGGAUAAGGAUGCUUUCUGGAAGAACGAGCUGAUGAAGGUCAACCAAGACUUCUUGUUUGGAUGUUCGACCGGUCACAUGGCGUGCGGUUAUGGGAACAGAAGAGGCAUCGUCGAGAGGCACGCUUACUCCAUCAUGAAGGCCGUCGAGAUUGAUGGCGUGCGUCUGGUCAUGUUGAAAAAUCCGUGGGGCAAGGGUGAAUGGCGAGGAGCAUGGAGUGACGGCAGUAAGGAAUGGACUCCCGAGUGGUUGACCAAGCUGAACCACAAGUUCGGUGAUGACGGCUCAUUUUGGAUGUCGUACAAGGAUCUGCUGCGUAAGUAUCAGCGAUUCGAACGUACGAGGUUGUUUGGGCCUGAUUGGAAGAUCACCUCGAUCUGGACGACGCUCGAUGUUCCGUGGUCGCCGCAAUACCACCACACCAAGUUCGCCUUCACUUUGGAGAGAUCGGGGCCAGUCGUUCUUGUCCUGGCGCAGCUUGAUGAACGGUAUUUCCGAGGCUUGGAGGGCCGGUAUGAAUUCCUGCUUGGGUUCCGUGUCCACAAGGCUGGCGAAGAGGACUACAUCGUUCGAUGUCAGGCUUCGGGCCACGGCAUGAGCAGGUCUAUCAGCGUGGAGCUAGACCUUGAGGCAGGCGAGUACACCGUCCUCGUUUUGAUUGACGCGGAGAAGCAUGAAGGUUUGAUGGAGCCUGAGGAGGUGCUGCGCGCCAAUGUUAAGAACCGCCGUGACAAAAUACUCCGGAUUGGCCUAUCGCAUGACCUAGCACUCAGCAAAGCCAAGAUUGCAGAGACCGAGGAGGAAAUGACUGCGCGUGAGGCCUUUAAGAAACGUCAACAGCAGAAGCACCGCGAAGAGGUCCGGAAGCGUUAUCUUGACUAUCAGAAAAAGAUCCACCGCCAGGAGCUGAGGCAAAUCAAACAAAAGAAGAAGCAGAUGGCCUACGAGAAGGCAUGGAGAGUUGGGCAGCAGAAGAAACGUGACGAGAAGAGGCGCGCAGCUCGGGAUUCCAGGGAGCAUAUGAGGCAGGCAGCAGAGCAGGAGCAGGCAGGGGCUGAAGCGGAUGAUGAAGCUGACAAGCCAAAGGGCAACAACAAGGCGAGGCUCGAUGAGGGAACUCAGACUGAGGUUGCUGUGGAGGAGGGCGCAGAGCCCGAUAAGAAACCUAAGGAUGGCGAGGAACCAAUGAAGGUCGGGGAGCAACCUCUGGCCGAGUCACAAGUCCAGGCGGACUCGGGCGCGGAGAAGCCCAAGCUCGACAAAGAGACCCAAACUGAGAUCGAAGCUCAUGAGGAGAAAGCCGAUGACGAGGCGGAAGCAGCAGCCGAACCUGAUGUGUCCACUGUCGGCAAGGAUACUCCUUCCCUUUCAUCGUCAGGAGCACUUGCCGAAAAGAACAAUGCCGCAGAGGAAGGCAGCAGCAAUAUUCCUGCCAAUCCUGACGAGGAAGCCAAACAGAAGGAGGUCACAUCUGAGCCGGUUAAGGCAGCCACGACGGAUGAUAAAGAAGGAGCCACUGUUGACCCAGCCAAAGAUGCUGAUGUUGCGUCCAAUUCCAAAGACAUCGAUCCCCAUCCCGAGGCUACCCUCAAGCUGAAAAAAGCUCUCGAAGUGGUCUCUAACUUUAAGGCCGAGCUCGAGGACCUCCUCGGAGCCAGACCUGACCAGAACAACGUCGAACAGAUGCCUCGUCAAACUCACCCGCCCCCCAUGGUCCCCAUCUACCACCAGCACCCCGCCCAACCCCAUCACCACCCCUUCAACGGGCCUCACCCUCUCUACCAGCACCCCAUCAUCCCCCAACAUAUGUAUCAGCAACAUCCCGGGUCCCAAUCCCGCCCCCCUUCUAGACCCCCCUCGAGACCCCCCACAGCCGACCAACAACAAUUCCAGCCUCCCCCCCUUUCCCGACCCCCCACCUUUUACACACAUCCCCAGCAGCAAUUCCAACCUCAAUACCAACCCGGUCCCCCCUCCCGCCCCCCCUCCAGAGCCCCAACAGCCCCCUACUACCCCGACAACCAACCCCCCCGCCGCCCCUAUCCCCAACACCACCCCCGACGACGGCGGCUACACCUCCGACACCCCCUCCAUAAUGCCCCCCAUGUCCCCCCCAGACCUCUCCGACUCGGAGCUCGACUGCCUCGUCUCCGACAACGACGACAACGCAGCCAACCUUUUGAGAAGCAUGCUCCCCCGUGGGCCCCCUGGUGGUCCCCCCGGGAAUGGCCCUGGUGGUUACAGGUCAGAGGAAGAAGAUGAGUUUGUCAAGGACCCCUGGAAUGCGGUUGUGGCGGUGGGGUUGAGGGUUUACUACCAGGUGAAGGAGGAGGAUAAGGAUGUGGAGGGGUUGGUCAAGGUUAGGGUUGUGAGGCCCAAUGAGUGGGAGGUGAGUGAUGAUGAGGAGGAGGAGGAAAAGGGGGAAGGGGUGGAAGAGGAAAAGGUGUUGGAUGUGGAUGACAGUGCGAAGGAUGCGACUGUUGAGGGGGGGUUGGAGCAUACUGCUUGAGUAAUUGAGGAAAGAACAGAUUGUGUGGGGUUUUCAUGGGUUUGUUUGCGUGUUUGUUUCUUUCGGUGGUAUAAGAAGAGGUUGGGCAGAUUUUCGUUUGUUUUCUUGUUGGAAUUUUUGUAAGCAGGGCGUUCGUACUUCUAGGUAGUGGGAUGCCGAUUUGCUAGGUAGCCGAGAAAACUGAUGACUGAUAUCCUGUAGGCGUUUUCAGUGGGGGAAUAAUAUGUUGAGCACACCAAAGUCAUCAUCAUCGUCUCUUCAUUACCUAAGUUAAGUUGGCACGUAACGUCAACAUCAAGUCAUGUUGUCCC